AUGAACACCCGUACUCGCUCGACCGCUCGCCAGCAGCGUACAGACGACGGUACCACCGCCGCCGCUGCCAAGAAGAAAGUGACCAAGACAUCUCAAGCUCCUCGGAAGGCGCCUGCUUCUAAGUCCCCGCCCAAGCCGGGCAAGAAGCGUGGGCGAGUCACCGACGAUGAGGGCGAAGAUGUUGACGAGGGUCGCUUCAGCAAGAAGGACGAACAGCUUUUGAAGCAGCUAGAGCUCAAAAAACGCCAGUCCGAGAAGCAGAAGGAGGCGAAGCGUCGCUCAAGGAUACAGAAGACGGCUACCACGAUGACCCUUGAAGAGCAAGAGAGCGAUGAAGAUGCGCAGGAGGACCAACCUAAGCGCAAGAAAUCGAGGAACAUUGUGCCAUCGGAGGACGAUGAAGACCGGAGUGCUACGGACGGAAAGGUGGAGGGCGACGCAGCGGCGACCGAGGACGAGGAGAAUGAGUCCGCGGAGGAGGAUGAGCUGGAGCGAACCCCGCCGCAAGCUCAAGGCUCACGCACCGGCGGACCUGGGCGAGAUGUCAAGGGUAAAGGCAAGGCGAUGCCGCAAGACCAGGAUGUCGACAUGCGGGAGGGGGCGCACGAUGAGCGGAUGAGCGCACCGCUCCUGUCAGAUGAAGAGGAACAGGGCAUCGCCCACCGUCUAGGUUCUGCGACGACUGCCAAGGCCCCUUCCAAGACGAAGACUAAUCGUCACAAGCGCACGCAGGGCAAGACCGUUGGUGGCGGUGACAAGGAUGCUUCGGCAUCAGACGCGUCCAGUGGCCGCCGGGGAGACAAAGCUAAGACUGUGCGUCGUAUGGCGGCCGAUGAGAUCACAUCGCCGACGAGGAAGAGCACUCGCCAUCGAACCAAUAAAUUAAAUUCUAGCGAGAGAAAGGACAAGGUACCGGCGUGGCUGGCUACGUCCGUCUCAGAGGACGAUGCGGCUCGCAGCGACCAUGGCGACAGGGCCGUUGAUUCGGGAGGGGACGGAGGAGAUGAGUCGGAAGGCGGGGGUGAUGAUGUCGUGCUUGUCAAGGCGCAGAAGGGCAAGGCAAGGCAAACCAAACCUAAGGCUGCCGGGGCAGCUCGCACACGAGGUCGAGCGCAGAUGAGAGACCUGCCUGACGAAGUCAGGUCCAUCGUUACCAAAGCUCACUCAUACCUCCGCCUCAGGAUUGCUCUCGAGCACGCUUGGACGUGGGAGAAGAUGACAAACAGCACCCUUUUACCGGAGAAAUACGUGCUCAUCAAGAGGGCGGUCAACGACGUUCGAGAACUAUGCGACGACGACGGGAAGCCUCUCAUGCACUUCGCCCUUGGGUUCAAGAAGCUGAACGGCGAUGGCAAUGAUGUCCUGAGAGUGAAUGUCUUCGAUGUGGUGUGGACCGCCGCGUCGCAGCUGCGCAACGAGUUGAAGAACAAGGCGAAGGUCGUUGUCGAGGAUGCUUAUGGCUUAAAUCAUUUGUCAGGUCCCAGGAAGGUCUCCGCCGCUUCAUUCCUUCUAAAGGGCAACGUGCAAGGUAAACAUACGAUGCCGAAUUUUAUCUUCAACAACAUCAGCAUAGUUUGGACGGGCGAUGAUGUGGAUGUGAAGGCUAGUCGUGUCAAUCGCAAGCAACCUUUCCAGCACAAGGCGAUCUUCCAGCUCAUAGCGGCACAAUGGUUCUACGCCGGCCAACGCGACUCGGUGAUCAAAGAAUCACAAGGAAGGUUUGCAGAGGUACCAGACAAUCUUCUGGCACUGGUCUGCAAUGCGAACACUGAUAUCACCGCAAAACUACAGAUUGAAAUGGGGUUAGCGGAUGUCGCCACGGGGACGCAGCAGUUCACGAACAGAGUGUACGCACCCAAGUGGGUGAACAUCAUCGGUGUCCUCCGGGACAUGAAGGACAAGGCGCCGAAUGCCUACGUGGCAUUGAGGCACUAUGUCUGGGCUAACGUCUCGGAACUUAUUCGUAAGGAUGAAGAGGCUGGGAAGAAGGGAGCCCUUACAUUGGGCGUUGGCGAUGAGGCUGACGACGAAGAGUUCGUCGCGUGGGAUGACAUUGAGGUUGUCGAUCUGACCGCUGAACAUUCCGGCGAGGCGUCUUCGUCGGCAACGCGAGGCAUUAUUGACGGUGGAAACAAUGGCAUGGUUGACGGUCCCGGCGAACUAAUAAUGCCGUUGCCAGCAAGCGUGACCGGAAAACGAAUCAUGCUUGAAUGGUCAGACAAGCUGUUUGGGGUCCUCAAGCACAUGGGCAACGUAACAUAUUAUAAUGCUUAG